AUGCCUUGUUUAUUCAACACAUCGUCAUGUCCUGAGUUGCGCCCUCGCGGCGGGCAGCUGGUGGCGCACGCGUCGUUAUCCUCGGAGGCAGCCUGCUUGAGGCUGACAGCGACAGAUGCAGCGGGCGCUGCUUCUGGGCACGUAUCCCCCUCUCCCUGGGCUGAUGGGGACGUAUUGCGACUACAGCUCGCUGACGGCCGAUACGUGUAUGCGGAGGUCCUGGCAGGGCUACCUGCUCCCCGUACCAGACAAGUGCCCCCAUCCAACCCGGUGGGAGCGCGGCGGGAGGGGUCCAUCAGCCCACCGCAGCUCCUGUGCCAGGGCAUCAGGUACAGAGUCCGUACCGCUGCUGCGCGGGGGGCGGCGGAGGCAGCAGCUUCGGAGGCGGGGAGUAGUUCUGUGCAGCAAGAGUCGGGCGGCGAUGGGCCUCCAGAGAGUCUGGUUCUGGAAGCCGUAGGAGGGGCGCUGUCUCCUCCCGCCAUCAGCACUAGCAGUAGCGGUACCAGCAGUAGUGACCCGCUCCGAGCACUGCUACAGCUGCUGCAGUCCCCGCCCCGGAAGCAUGCAGCUGCGUUGCGGGCCUGGGCACCUCUGGCGAGUCGCCUGCUGCGGCCACCGCAACUACCACAACUGACUGCAACAGCCUCCACGUCCCCAGCACACCAGCAGCAGCAGCCGCAACCGCCAGCUGCCCAACCCCUCCCUGCUGCUACUGCUGCUGCUGCUGCUGGUUCGACACUGGACGGUGUCCGGGUGGCCGUGGUGCGGCGGGUGAUGUCGCUGGACGAGCUGAGGGGGGCGGCUGCCAGCCAUCCGGGUGCCUGGUGUGACGGCUCAGGCCCCUCUGACCGGGGCCCCGCGGAGGACAACCUUGCGGUGAUGACGGCGGGGGAGGUGGCCAGUCUGCUGGAGGGGCGCCGGGGGGUGGUGCUGCUACAGCUACACAUAGGAUGGGGGGCGCACGAGGAUGUCCCGCCGUACGGACCGUACAAGCCUCUCGUACUGCGUCUGCUACGGGAGGCGCUGGAGCGUCCAGACAUUGUGUCGUACGUCAGCAGCGCCCCGGUGCCGGGAUCUGCGGUCGGUAACCCUUCGUACGGCAUGACUCUGGUGCUGUGCGGGGACAGGGAGCCCUUCCGGUCGUGGGGUGCACAUCUGGCCAGUUUCGGUUGCCAGGCAGCGCUGGAAGCUCAGUCGCCGUAUUACAAGCUUCUGAUUGGGCGCAUUCUGGGUUACCGGGAGGACAGCAUCUUGCACCACAUCAAGGAGGCGCACGGCCCCACAGCCCUCACCCCCCAGGUGGCCACCGCGGUGGAGCAGCAGCUCGGGAAGCUCAGUGCUAAGAAACCUACCCUACCCUGGAAUGACACACACUGGAAAGGCCGAAACAGCCGCUUUGGAAACCGCUGUUUCUAA